UCUGUUAUUUGUUUGGCGAAGACGACUAAACUUUAUCGUAGGACCUAAACAGUUACAGAUGGCGUGAAAGGAACGUACGUAAGAAUAAGCAUAAAAAGAGACACUCCGCAAUAAUACUAACACAGCAUCAUCCAUUUAAAAGCAAGACAAGAUCUUUAAAAACUGCUACAAUGGAGGCCCUUCAGAGGAGAGUGAUUCAGGAAGACAUGGUCCAGUAUAAGCUCUUCUUGAUCCAGCCAGGCAACACUUCUUCACAGCAGACUGAGGAACGUCUUACACAUCUGGUAGAGGAGAUUUUGGCGAAGUUUGCCCCGCUCCUGAUACAGUACAUCUGGCAGCAUCAGCCAUUCAACCUCAAGUAUCACCCUGAGAAAGCAGGUGUUCCUGCUCACAUUGGAGGUAGCACUCAGUUUGGAGACAACGUUGAGGACGAGUGGUUUAUUGUUUAUCUUCUGCAGCAAAUUACAGAGGCUUUCCCUGAGCUCACAGCCAGAGUUGAGGACAACGAUGGGGAGUUUCUUCUGAUUGAAGCAGCAGACUACCUUCCUAAGUGGCUGAAUCCAGACACAAGUGAAAACAGGGUCUUCCUAUACAGGGGAGAGCUGCAUAUCCUGCCCUGCCCUUCUAAAUCCACUUCAGUGGGCUUUUCAAAAGAUGUGGUACCCAGUGUGGCACAAGCUCUGGAGCUGCUUUACACUCACCCAGAACUCUGUCGGGCAAGCCCCAAGAUUUGUUCAGCACUGAAGAACAGACUAGAGGGGUAUCCAGGGAAGAUUAAAUCUGGCCUCCACAGUGCCCACUGCUUCAUACCUGCGGGUAUUGCCACUGUGUUGGCACAGCGGCCAGACCUCAUCGCGCCUGCAGUGUCCGCGUUCUACCUGCGGGAUCCAGUAGAUCUGCAGGCGUGUCGAACCUUCAAGACGUUUCCUCCUGAUACGAGAGUCCUCACCUUGGUGACGUUCACUCGUUGCCUGUAUGCCCAGCUGCAGCAGCAACAAUUCACCCCAGAUCGGAGGAGUGGUUUCACCUUACCACCUUGUUCUCAUCCUGAGUACAAGGCUCAUGAGCUUGGCAUGAAACUGGCCCAUGGCUUUGAGAUACUGUGCUCUAGGUGCAGACUGCCUUCGUCAGAGCCUAAUGCUCCAGUCAGUUGUAACCCACAGUGGAAAGGCUUUAUGGAGAGUUUGAAAAGGAAUGGCUACUUCCGUGGAGAACUGGAAGGUUCAGCCCGUUGCAGAGAACUUAUAAGAACUGCAGAAAACUUCUUCAAACAGUCAGUUGCCUCAAAAUCAAGUGCUUUGUCCCCAGGCGAGGAGAUUCUCCAGCUACUGCGCAUCUGCGAACCAUUCAGCUUGGAGGAGAUGAAGAAAAAUGAGUCACAGCUCCCCCAAGAGGACAGUGACAGCUGGCUGGAUAUCACAGCCCAGGAUUUGGAGCGGCUGUUGCAGGAGAGAAGCGGGGAUAGAGCGGAUGUUGGCGGCCAAAACUCCAGUUCCACCGAACAGAAACAGCAUGCAGAGGAGAGGGGAAAGGAGACAGAGGACAGCACAGAGGAAGAGGAAGCUGGUUACAGCCUGGUAGCUAUCAGUCAAGGGAUGAAGAACUUCCUCAAGGCCAUGUCAUCACAUGAAGGCGCAGAACUGCCCUGGAGCAGUACAACCCAGCCUUUUAGUAUUGAUCCCAACUCCAUGGCCAAUGCACUGGACAGACUACUGGGAGGCAAAAAAGAAGAGCUAGAUUCAGAUGAUCUAGAUGAUUCUGAUGAGGAGGAGGAGGAAGAGAGAGAAGAUGGCUUCUGUGGUCAAGCAGAGAUGAAAGAGACAGAAACUCUGGACAGUCUUAAAAGAUACAUGGACCAAAUGGACGAGGAGUUGAUGAAGACUAAUGUAGGACAAAGCUUCAAACAAACGAAUUACAACAAGGCAGGCUCGAGCAGCAGCUCCUCUCAUCCCUCUGCCAGAGGCAGACUCCCAAGGGAGGAAGAGCUGGAGGAGAAUGAGGAGGAGAUCCAGCCUUUAGAUGUGGAUGUCAAUUUGGUCACAAACUUGUUGGAGUCCCUCAGCUGCCAGGCUGGGCUGGCUGGACCGGCUUCUAACCUGCUGCAGAGCUUGGGCAUUCAUCUACCACCAAACUCUGACUCUGCAUAAAGGGCAGGAAGUAGACUCACAGUAUAUGUGUAAUUAGACUCAAUGAGAGGUGAGAACUAACACAUGGCAAAGACCAGCAUCUACAGUGCCUGCAUUCCCCUAUAUAUAGAGCCCCUAUAUACUAUGAAGGUUUAUUGUUUUGAAAAACAGAUACUGUGUAUAUUGUUAAAAAAAAAAAGUAUUCUUUGGGGCUUUAGGACACUCUGAAAACAUCUUGUAACCAAGAGCAAAUUCAGGAAAGGAAGGGCAUAGGUGUGCACAAAAGGAAUUUAUUGAAACACAGGGUAUUGUAUUCACAUUUACACAUUUUCACGUCUGUUUUGCUGUGAAUCCUUUUAGUAUUGGUUGGAGAAAGUUUGAGAAGGCACAUUAAUCCCUACAACCAUAACGGUAAGAAGCAAGGCUCCAUUAACUCCACGUGUGUGUGAAAUCAGUGUUAACUAAAAGUGAGAUUUUUGCAGCAAACUGCCAAUUUCAUCAGGUUAACUGCAGAUUUUUAAUACAUGCUGCUUUGUGUAAUUCGUGUGUGCACUGAUGGUGUUUUUAUUAGCUG